CCCUUGAAAUCAUCCCAAAUUUCAUAUUCAUAUAUACACAUUGAGUGUGUGUGUAUAUACAUAUUAUAUAUAUAAAUCACACAAUCACACAGUGUAAUCUGUAAUGCGAUGAUGAAGGUAUUGAAGAUGGUCUCAGCAAUGGACUUGGUAGCAUGGAGAGGGUUAGUGUUUGUAUUCAUCCUCCAGUUCGUAUUUGCUUGCCAAAUCAUCUUUCCGCCACUUGUUUCUGCCCUAGAUGGGAACCCUAUUGAUGCUGCUGAAUUAUUUGAGAGAGCUUCACAUAGUAUACAGAUGAAACGUUAUAGCGAGGCAAUCAAUGAUCUUAACGCUGCAUUAGAGGCUGAACCGUCACUUUCUGAAGCAUAUUGGAGUCGAGCUUCAGUCCUUCGCUAUCUGUGCAGAUAUGAGGAAUCAGAGAAGAGCUAUAGAAAAUAUCUUGAAAUGAAACCUGGAAAUUCGGUCGUGGAGAAGGAGCUUUCUCAAUUGCAUCAAGCGCAGAGUGCUUUAGAUACAGCCAUCAAUCUUUUUGAGUCAGGCAAUUAUACUACUAAAGCUUUGGAUUUUAUCGAUAAGGUGGUACUUGUUUUUUCUCCUGCAUGCUCACAGGCUAAACUACUGAAGGUCAAGCUACUAUUAGCUUCCAAGGACUAUUCAGGGGUCAUUUUGGAGACAGGAAAUAUGCUUAAAGAGGAUGAGGAUGAUCUAGAGGCGUUGCUGCUCCGUGGUCGUGCCUAUUAUUAUUUAGCUGAUCAUGAUGUUGCUACAAGGCACUACCAGAAAGGGCUCCGCCUAGACCCAGAACACGGUGAACUAAAGAAAGCGUAUUUUGGAUUGAAGAAUUUGCUAAAGAAGACCAAAAGUGCAGAAGAUAAUGAAAAGAAGGGCAAGCUGCGUGUUGCUGUGGAAGACUACAAGGCAGCCCUUGCUUUGGACCCUAACCAUCAUGCAUAUAAUGUGCAUCUCCAUUUUGGUUUGUGUAAACUAUUGGUUAAGCUUGGUAGGGGAAAGGAUGCUCUAAAUGCUUGCACAGAAGCUCUUACCAUUGAUGAAGAGCAUGCUGAAGCUUUGGUUCAGAGGGGUGAAGCGAAACUAUUAGUAGAAGAUUGGGAGGGAGCUGUUGCAGAUAUAAAGUUAGCUGCUGAAAAAUCACCCCAGGACAUGAGCAUACGGCAAACACUUAUGAAGGCGGAGAAAGCUUUGAAAUUAAGCCAAAGGAAGGAUUGGUACAAGAUUUUAGGUGUUUCAAAGACUGCAUCUGUAUCGGAGAUAAAACGAGCUUAUAAAAAGCUGGCUUUGCAAUGGCACCCAGAUAAGAAUGUUGACAAUAGAGAAGAAGCAGAGAACAAAUUCAGGGAAAUAGCUGCUGCAUAUGAGAUUCUCGGGGAUGAAGAAAAGCGUACGAAAUACGAUCACGGGGAAGACGUUGAAGAGGGCAUGAACAUGGGGGGCGGUGGUGGAUUCAACCCAUUUGGUGCAAGCGGUUUUAGUAGCGGUGGUGGUGGUUUCACAUUCCGUUUCGAAGGCGGGUUUCCGGGCGGUGGCUUCCGCAUGUAACUCGCAAAUUUGAUGAAUUCAACUAACUUAACGACGGAGUUUUUGGUUGCUUGCAAGGCAAGUUUUGGGCUAGUUUAGAAAGGAUGCAUUGUUGAAAUGGUGUAGGAAAACUAGUGCUUGCCAUUUUGAUGCAAGUAGUUAUAGAAGGCAUAUGUUACUUAACCUUAUAGAUCUAGUUACAAAUUUGGUGUUAUUUGUAAACCGAAAAUCCCGAUCCUUCGUUUCUUUAACCGAUCAAA